AUGUCAAUUUUCAACCGAAGGAGACGUCCAAGACAAGCCGUUUACGCCUCGCCGCAAAGUCAAAACCCAACAACACCUUUGGAAAUCGAUAUCCCGGACGAAGCGCUCGCUGAAAUCGCUCAGGACUUCGAGAACAGUCCUAAAAACUAUAACCAUUUUGCUUCAAAUAAUAAACCCUAUGCUUCCUACCAAAACAAAAGACCUUCUACGCAAAAUAGACAGUUUUCUGUGCCACAAAAGCAUCCAAAUAAUCAACUUUAUGGCAACGAAAAUGCCCUGCCGAAAAAGCCAAAAUUUGAGCAAGACAAUUGCUUCUGGGGAAAAAAUGAGAAUAGUUUUGGACAACAGCAAAACAAGGGCAUGGCCAAACCUGGUUCAUAUACAGGCAAUACCGGGAACGCGUUUUCAAGCACGUUUCAAAAUUCCACAAGGAAAAGUUUUUCAUUUGUGGAGAAGUAUGUCAAUGUACAUUGCGUGCGUAGUUUUGUCUAAAUAAAAACCUUUGUAAUUGUCUAAACUAAAUUUAUUAAUACUGGAUACCAUUAUCUUACUGUAGAUGGGUAACCAUAUGCUAACCGACCUAUACGCGCGAUAUUUUAUCAUUUCUGUAUUUUUUUAGAAACGCAAUGCCAAAGAACAAGCCUCAACAGUCAUAUUCAGGACAAAAAUUUGAAUACUCCUGGAACAACACCAACUAUGGCAACAGUCCAGCCAAGGGUACCACAGCUGCUGAUGCCAGACAACCUAGAGUUAGUGAAAGAGCUUCUUUUGGUGGUGCAAUGAACAUAAAGAAAGAAAGUCCAAUUGCAAAGGUAUAGACUUAGAAACAUCAAACAUCAUGCUAAUGCACUCAUUUACAAACUUUAUUUAUGCAAGAUUGUUCUAUCACUUCUAAACUGUUUCCUCUGCUGCUCUAGUGCUCUAGUCUAGAGGUCCAGUAAGAGUCAUGCCUUCCAGGUUAUUGUUGCAGUGUUACUACAGGAGGAAACCAGAACUAGUCUAACUUUAUUUAUACUAGACCCAUUGCACUGACGUCACAAAUCCUUAAAGUGUCCUCCAGAUCACAGAGAAGAGAUAUAGUGUCCAGAUGUUCCCUAACAAUUGGGAAUUUUAGAUUCGCUACGGCUACGAAAUCUCAAGUACGACUACAAGAUUUUUUCCAUUAAAUAUCAGCUACUAAAAACUUAUAAUGGUAUACGUAUAAAGAUGUGGUAUGCAAAAGAAAGGACGAUAAAAAGUCUGCAGUAGCAGAUAUUUAACGGAAAAAAUCUCGUAGUCGUACCAGAUUUCGUAGCCGUAGCGAAUCUAAAGUUCCCUAACUAUCUGUUCGGGUACAACAACCACAUACAGUGCAAAAAUUAACCAUUUUAAUACAAAAUUAUUAUAAAGUUUUACAAAAUUCGCUUUGUUUACAAAAGUUAUAUUAUGCAUAGAUUGCUAAUUUGUAUCGUCACCGGCGCUAUGACGUCAUGUGCAAUGGGUCUAUAGAUAGCUCUAUCAGUUCUAAACUGUUCUCUCUAGACUAAGAGGUCCAGUAAGGAUCAUGUUAUUUUGGGAAAAGGACACUUUUUACAGAAGAAGUUCCUUAAGACGAAGAAUAUAUCACAUAUCAGUACCAUGGCUAUAAAGUACACCGAAAUCUGGCCUAUUUUAUUGUCAUGGUUUACCUCAAUGGCUCCUUUUCAGAAUGAUGUCAACCAUCCCAGUGGCAGUAAUGAGCCAAGUUUUACACUCCAGACAGUUGAUAAAACUAUGAAAUUUGUAACAACAACUAUACAAGGAGUAAGAAAAUGGAGCGAGUAUAGAGACCAAGUGCCUCUUACCUUUGAAAUAUUUGGUGAGUAUCAGUAGUGGUUUGCAGUAAGAGAGGCGCCCCCCCCCCCUCCGCCCCCGACUUUAAGGAGCACGAUACAAUCAACAUUUUUGAUAAUCUGGGCUUUACUUAGCACAGUACAAGAGUAAUAUUACGCUUGUCUUUUUCAGUGACAUUGGAUUCAGUCCCAACAUCUAACAACAACGGCACAGCGAAACUGUUCAAUAUUAAAGAUAGUACUGGAUCAAACAGGUUAAAAAAUACUCGUAUUUUGAUUUCUCGGAUAUAGUACAGCAAUUAAGAUGAUUCUUUAGUAAUCUUGUAGUAACUUGUUCGUCUUUUUUCCAGAUGUAUCUACUGGGAAAUGGUAAGAAUUGAAUCUUUGAUUUUUGUACUGUUCCAGUGAACCAGAAAUCGUUGGUAAUUGACUGACACAAAAACUAUUGCUUUCUACAGGAUCAAAAACUCCCAAGAAUGGCAAGAGGACAAAUGUACAGGUAUGAUCACAGUCACAAUGUUAUUUUUGUUCAGUAAGGUUUUGGUAACAUGGAGUAUACGUUUACAUAGAUGAUGGUAAUGUUCAGAGCUGUCUAUUCAAAUACACGCUACUUACAGCGCUAAUCAGGGGCAGCGGAACCGGGAGGGGGGGGGGGGCAUGUGAAAAAAUGCCAUUUUUUUCUAGGCUAAAGUGCCCCAUUUAAAGAACGAAAAAAGUAUUUCUUGAAUGAACGCCCUCUUUUGCUGGAAAGAAAGUGCCCUUUUUACAGUAGUAAAGACUCUGUAAAGGCCAUUUCCGACGUUAUAGAGACUCCAUAUUUUCAAACAUUUUUGUUUGGCUCGUGAACGACAUAAAAUCGUUUAAUUUUGCAAUUGGUCAUAUAUAAAAGUGCCCCUUUUGACCAAUGCCCCCCCCCCCCUUUCAAAAUGCUUCCGCGGCCUCUGGCGCUAAUUUGGAAUCUAUUUUUAGAACUGUUGCAUUCUCUAUUUGUACAUAAUUAUAUUUUAUUGAUAGUUUUAUCUACUGAUAUAAGAGGGGAUCAUCUGGAGGUUAUCAUGUCUCCUCUCCUGUCACCUUAUUUGUAAAUUUGUGACGAAUUUCGAUAAACUAAACUUUUAUAGAUUGAUAGGCGCUUUAGAGAGAAAGACGGGUCAUUUUCAAUGCUUCACAAUCCGUCAAGCGCAAGCAAACGAACAAAGAUUGGCCACACAACAAAUUGAAAUGUGUAACGAUGCCAUGACGAAACUAAUCUCUAUGAUUGCAGAAGCCUAA